AUGUUCUUCUUCUUCUACGUCGACGUCGUCGUCGUCUUCUGCUUCUGCUUCUUCUCCUGCUUCUACUUCUUCUUCUGUGCUACGUCGGCAUUAUCUGCAUAUGCGUGUAACCGCCACCCUGAAUUUCCUGAGCAUCAAGCUGGUAUCACCGUUUUUGCCAAGUUGACGUCGGUCGAGAAGUAUAGUUCACGGGGCAGUUGUCGAGUGCAAGAACACGCCACCAAGACGACGAAGAGAGCAGCGCCGCCGUCAAAACGCGAACACCGAGCAGGAGCAGCAUUAGCCGCAGCCGCAUCCGUCGAUACUUCCAUCAGUACCAUCCGGAGCACACACCACCUUCAAGAUGAGCGAACUUGA